UACCAGAAUGCUCAGCGGGGAAGAGGCGCGGCCAGAAAGUAUAAAUACGAUGGCGUCCCAAGCGGGACAAACAACUUCUAGUCAGCUGGAAUCUAUAAACGCCAGAACAAAACAUUUGUUGUUGUUGUUUUUUAUAUCGGAACCAGUCCAGAUCCUACACGGAGGUGUCGUCGCCUCCGGUGCGGACAGCAUCAGGCCGUGUAGCCGCCGCAAGCUACCAAAGUAACAAGCUAACAAGGCAGCAAGUAUGGCGGGGGAUCACAGCAAAUUGGCGGUGGUCUUCGUGGCCGCAGGGGUCCUCGCUGUGCUCUUAGGGACCGUCCUGACCUUUGUGGGUCCACUCGUCAUCCACGACCAGAUCGUCAAGAACACGGUGAUCGACCCCAAGAAUGACAUGUCCUACACCAUGUGGAAGGACAUCCCUGUCCCCUUCUACAUGUCCGUCUACUUCUUCCACGUUGUCAACCCCAAAGAGAUCCUGAUGGGCGAGAAGCCCAUGGUGGAGCAGCGGGGACCCUACGUGUACAGGAAGCGCUGUCAGAAGGACAACAUCACGUUCCACGACAACAGCACGGUGUCGUACCGCGAAUACCGCCACUACUACUUUGAGCCCAGCAUGUCGACGGGGAACGAGUCUGAUGUGGUCACCAUCCCCAACAUGCUGGUCCUGGGGGCGGCGGUCAUGAUGGAGAACCUUCCCUUCGCCAUGCGCCUGUUGAUCAGCGCCACCUUCAAGACCUUUAAGGAGGGGCCCUUCCUCACCAAGACGGUGGGCGAGCUCAUGUGGGGCUACGACAGCGGCCUCGUUGACUUCCUCAACAAAUACCUGCCCGGAAUGCUGCCCAGCUCCGGAAAGUUUGGCCUCUUCAGCGAGUUCAACAAUACCGACACGGGCCUGUUCACCAUCUUCACUGGUCAGGAUGACAUCAGGAACGUACACAAGGUGGACUCCUGGAACGGCCUCACAGAGUUGGACUACUGGAGGACGCCGCAGUGCAACAUGAUCAACGGUACGGCAGGUCAGAUGUGGCCCCCCUUCAUGACCCAGGAGAGCACGCUGCCUUUUUACAGUCCGGACGCCUGCAGGUCCAUGGAGCUGGUCUACCAGCGGCCUGGCAGCCUGAAGGGGAUCCCCUUUUAUCGCUACGUCGCGCCCAAGACGCUUUUCGCCAACGGCACCGACUACGCUCCCAAUGAGGGAUUCUGUCCCUGUCGCCAGUCGGGCCUGCUCAACGUCAGCAGCUGCCGCCACAAUUCUCCCGUCUUCAUCUCUCAUCCUCACUUCUUCAAUGCUGACCCGGUUCUGCUGGACUACGUUCAAGGACUCCACCCGAACGAGGAUGAGCACGGCCUCUUCAUAGACAUCCAUCCUCAAACCGGCGUCCCGCUCAACGUGUCCAUCCGCCUGCAGCUCAACCUCUACAUAAAGAGAGUGUCAGGAAUUACAGAGACCGGGAAGAUCUCGGAGACCGUGAUGCCAAUGAUCUGGUUUGAGGAGAGCGGCUACAUUGACGGGCCCAUACUUGACACCUUCCACACCAACCUGGUGGUCCUGCCCGCCGUCAUGGAAGCCAUGCAGUACGGCUUCAUUGCCCUCGGACUCGCCACCAUCCUCGUUGCCGCCAUCGUGCGCCACAGACUCAAGAAGGCGUCCGAUACAGAGCCCGCCCGCGGCCGUGGCGCUCAGGAGAAAUGCAUGCUGGGUCAUUCAGACAAAUGAACCCGAUGGCGGCGCCAUGUCCCAAGGGAACGCUUCCAGCCACGAGAGAGACCCGCUACUUCCAGACCACAAUGACUGACAAACACACACACACACACACACACACACACUGCUGUGACUCCGCCUCCCUGACGGCGUUCCAUCACCGUGGACAUGGCACAAGCUCUGGCGCUCCGUCAAUGAAGCUCGCCGCCGCCCGCCACCUCACUACCCGUUCGAGGGAUUUGGCGGGAGUUGAGACCGUUGUCACGGCGACGCCACACAAACCACUCCGCCUCCUGUUUUUACUUUGUUGACCACAGCAGGGGGGUGGGGCACACCACGUUUACGGUAUUCCUUCACCAGUGUGCACGUGACUCUACGCUUCACGUGCACUGAGCGAAUGCUGUGUGACUUUUACUUGCGUCUUUUUACAAAAGCUUCUCAACCACACAAUCAUUGCCACAAUAAACAUGUUGUCAUGGCAACAACGUGUGUGUGUGUGUGUGUGUGUGUGUGUGUCAGAAAUAUACACAGCUUUAAAAAUGGAGGAAGUGAACAAAGCAUUCCAUAUAAUAAUAAUAAAGAUGCUAGCACUUUAACAUGUUGACAUGGCAUCCGUUCACUUCAUUAGGUACAACGAUAAAGGAGAUCCAAUGGCUUAUCCGAGGUCGGGUUGCAGGGGCAGCAGCCUCAGCAGCGAAUCCCAGAUUUCCGUCCCCCCAGCCACUUCCUCCAGCUUCUCCCGGCAGAUCCCGAGGCCUUCCCAGGCCAGUAGAGAAAUAGUCUCUCCAGCGUGUCCCGGGUU